ACAUGGCGGCUCCUAAAAACAACAGUCGAAGCUGUUGGGCCGUCCCAGAUGUUUAUAAACAUCACGAACAGCGGAAAAUAUGUAUUUCUAGACCUAAAUAUAGAGAGGGGAGGAAAGAGAGAGCUGUUAAGGUGUAUACCAUAAAUUUAGAGUCUCGUUACCUGAUGGUCCAAGGGGUCCCAGCCAUUGGAGUGAUGACAGAGCUGGUGCAACUGUGCGCCCUGUACGGAGCUGUGGAGGAGUACAGGCCCCUGGACGAGUACCCUGCUGAGGAGUUCACGGAGGUCUACCUUGUCAAGUUCCAAAAACUCACCAGCGCCAGAGCAGCCAAAAGAAACAUGGAUGAGAAGAGUUUUUACGGGGGUGUGCUGCAUGUGUGCUACGUCCCAGAAUAUGAGACUGUGGAGGACACCAGGCUGAAGCUGCAGGACAGGAGGAGAUAUGUGAUCAGGGCUGUUCAGAAUCAAGCAAGAGAAAGGGAACAGAAGGAGGCCGCGAUUGAGGAGCCCACAUCAUCAGACACAGCCACCACAUCACAGACCGUCACCACCAGCUGUGAUAAAACCUCUGACAAUCAUAAUACAGGGAAGACUUCAAACAUCAGCCAUUAUUCAGGCUUUCCUCAACUGCCAUUACCUCCCCAGGAAUAUCAUUACUACGGACAUAGAAAUCACCACAGCGCUGUACCAACAGAGGACAAAAUGGGGACGUUACAUAAUGCCAUCAUUGGCAAAAAACAGCAGCAAGCGCAGAGUUUGAGCUGCAGCCAAACCUCUUCAGACAGAGACAAAGGCACAGAACACAGACUCACCUCAAAUCAGUCUUUUGCGGCAGCCCGAUUUGUCCCAAGGACAGCACACUUGGAAAACAGGAAGCGCAAGAUAGAAGAGGCUGCAGCGCACUCACAGACUGAUGUUACUGGAAACAAUGAGCCACUUAUUGGGCCAAAGCUACCAGAACCUCCAAAACUGGACAUGGAGGAUGUGUCACUGAACACAACUGUCACGCUGAUCAGAAACACAAUGAAACAGGUGGAUUCAGUUCCUGACCUCAAACCAGUGGAGAAAAAGGUGAAACCACGCCGUCGGAUUUGAUGAAGCAAGCUGCCGUGAUGCUGGAAUAUAUGCAGAUAUAUUGCUUUUACUGUAGAAAACAACCAUUCAAACAGUUUCUUGGCAGCUUGUUUUUAUUUAAACAUUUUGUACCACAAUUUAAAAAGCUAUUAACAUUUUUUAUUAAAGCCUACUGUAUACCAAUGACUUCUUCAUUGUUCCAGUUGUUCCUGAAAUACGUGCUGCUCAAAUGUCUCAAUACUCUGAAAAAAGAGAAAAAUAAGAAUGUAAGAUUAAGAAAUUCUGACUAAGAAAUAUUUGUUAUCACA